AAACACAAAGCAAAAAUUAGCAAAUUCUAAGAGAGGAACAAAAAAACAAGAUCAGUCUUUGAAUUCAUACAAAUCAGUAGAAAGGAGAAUGAGAAGCGUGAUGAAGAAGCUACUAUGGUGCGGAACGAAGAACAAUGCUUCUUCGAGAACACUGGCAUUACCAGACGAAGGGAGAGUUCGGGUUUACGUAGGUAAAGAUAGAGAGAGUCAAUGCAAGCUAGAAGUUGAAGCUAAUUUGCUAAACCACCCAAUGUUGGAAGAUCUAUUGAGGUUGUCUGAAGAAGAAUUCGGACACUCGUAUGAAGGAGCUUUGAGGAUUGCUUGCGAGAUUGAUGUCUUCAUCAAACUGUUUGUGAAUCUUCCAUCUCCGGUUUGAUUCUUGCUUUUGUUCUGGCUAAGUUUUGGUUUACUACCUUAUGUCACUUAUGUAAUAUAGUUUUCUCUCCCUUUUCCUUUAUGGUUUUGGAUCUAUUUUUGUCAUCGUAUUUCCUCUCCUAAAUUCUUUGCUGUAUACUCUUAUUUCUCUGGAACUAAUUCUUUAAAUCCUCCAUCAUUCGGGAUUAGGUUUCGGCAGGAAGUUUCCUUGGGAGGUGGAAGAUUUUGGUGGUGUUUUGAAAUAGAAAUGGGGCUGGGAU